AUGUCUCUCUCUGCUGUUGACCCUUCCGCUCCUGCCCCUGAUUGGGACAUUGAGUGGCCCGAUUUCUCGCCUCCUCCCGCAGCCCCAACCCCUCCUCCCCUUCCAGAAGUCGUUCAAUUCGACUUACUUUCGCCCCCUUCUCUUGAUGCUCUCAUGGAGGAAGGAGAUGCUCGCCUCGACCUCCUUCGAGAAAGUGUGAAGAAAGAUCGACUCGGGCAGUUUGUGGCCCAUCUCUCAAAUUCAACUAUGGACUGGUCCCUGUCCUUAGAAGAAUUGACGAAUGGCAAGUGCCUUGUCGAAGGCAUCGAUUGCCCUGGCACACAGCAUCUGGGCCUAGGGCAAUUAAGGCAACAUUAUAAUAAUAUCAAGCAUAAAGUACGGUCCCUGUGGCAAAACCGUAUUUCCAAGCACUAA